GGUAAUUAACCUGUAUUUUCAUAGUAAUAUGCACCAUUGUCAUUGUGUAUAUAUUUGUAAUAGGUAGUUAUUUUGUUAUAAUAGUGAAUGUCCAGUGAAAGUGUUUACCUAGUUGAGUGGUUUGAGCCAAUAUCCCCAUUUGGGCUAAUUUAGGCCAAUUGGUAGGCUUAUUUAAGAGGGGUAGCUCAGUUCCCCUGGAGAGCAAAGAGAGAGCAGCUCUCCUGUUGUGAGGUAGAGACUUACUGUAGCUUUAUGCUCUGCAAUUGUUGAUAAUUGGAAUACUGAACUGGAAUACGGAACUUAUUUUUGUUUUGUUUGUUUGAAAGUGUUUUUUUGUUAAAUAAUAGCCGAUUGCUAUUCCUGCAAGUUUUUCUUUUGGUUAUUUAAUAAAUAGAAAUUGCACGCUGAAAACCUCUCCUGCACCUCCUUUUCCACCUACAACCCCAAGCUCACAUCCCAAUUGGUGGGCUUUCUGCCUCGGUCGCUCACAUUUGGUGGCAGCGGUGGGAUGUGUAGCGCCGCCUGAGAAACUGGAUAAGAGAGGUGGAAAACGAGGACGAGGUGGAAAACGUGGACGGGGUGUCAAACCAAGCCAUACUUGGCAGAGGAUGGCGUUCCGGCGGCUAGUACGAGCUGGCCAGGGGGAGCUCCCACAGGGGGAGGAGGAGACGCUAGAGGCAGCAUUAGGAGCAACAGUGUCUGGGCAGCCAGAUGAAGAGGUGCCAGCAGAGACUGACCUGGCCGGAUUGUAUGCGCUGUUGCAGAAAUCCUUGAAGUCCCAUGAGCGAGAGUUUUUUAAGCAGGAACAGCGCUGGCGAAGUGUGCAGGUCCAGUUAAACCAGCUCCGCGAUGACUUUGAUGAAAGCCGUCAGCCACAAGCGCCACUGCCUGCUCAGCCACAAGCGCCACUGCCUUCUCAGCCACAAGCGCCACUGCCUGCUCAGCCACCAGCGCCACCGCCGCAGCUACCAGCGCCAUCGCCGCCGCAACCAGCACCACUGCCUGCUCAGCCGCCAGCUUCACCGGCACCGCCAGCAAAUCCAGCCGCUCCAGUAGCAUGGUCGCGUGCUGCUGUGCCCAAGUUUGAAGAAGGGGAAGAUAUCGAGCAGUAUCUAACUACGUUUGAACGGCUUGCGACUGCCUACCGGUGGCCAGGGGAGGACUGGGCCGUGUACUUAGUGCCGUACCUGAGUGGCAAAGCCCGCAGUGCUUAUGUGGCCAUGGACAUGAAUGACUCAAUGGAUUAUCACAAGGUAAAAGAGGCAAUCCUGGGAAAGUACGAAAUAAAUGAAGAAGUCUACCGGAGAAGGUUUCGGGAGCCAGAUGCCAGGCCUGGGGAGUCCCCCAAAGAACUGUACCAGCGUCUGAAGGAUUUAUUUCGUAAAUGGAUUAGACCGGAGGACAAGACGGUUGAAGAAAUAGGAGAAGCCCUCAUCUUGGAACAGUUUUUUCGUACUCUGUCUCCUGAUGUCAGAGUGUGGGUGAAAGAGCACAACCCACGGACUGGCCAGCAGGCUGCAGAACUGGUGGAGAACUUUGUCGCUGCCCGCAGAGGUCCAAAGAACUUCCGAAGUGAGACCAGUUCCAGGCCCCUGACCCGUGGUAGGUAGGAUGGGGGAUAAAAGUUCUUACAUGCCCCCUAGACAUGCCACUUUCCCCAAAGAACGCCCACCAGAGCGCUCAC